AAGAGUGAACACAUUUUUUUAAAGAAGCGAAAGAAAAAUGAGGUUGUUCUCAGCAUUGCUAGCUUUAGCAUUGGUUACAACCCUCUGUGCCGUGAACCCAUACGAUCCUGGUAUUUGCACAAAAAAGAAACGAGGAAAGUUUGUGGUUGUGAAAGAUUACAAUGAUGAUGAUAAAAUCCUGGCUUGUGUUCAACACGAUGGAAAAUUUCAGUGGGAAAUGAUCAAUGGUCAUUCGUAUGGCAAUUAUUUUGAUCCAGCGAAGGAUUGUUCUGAUGUUAUCGACAAUGUUCCAAAAGCGGAAAGUGGAGUUUAUUGGAUUCAGACACGAAAUGGUCCACAAAAGUCAUGGUGCGAUGUUGAAACAGACGGUGGGGGGUUCCUGUUGAUUGGCGUCAAAGACACGCCAGAAACCUGGGCCAUUCCUUCAAAAGCGUCUUUCAUCCACCCCCACGGUAAGCCAAUGUGGUCAAGUGCAUUUGGAGAUCAAGAAAUCUUGGAUUUUCGAGUUCAGAUUUCCACAAGUAAAAAUUUUCGUGAUACACGUGCACAUUGGUAUUAUCGUUUCAAAUCCCCUCGUCUUCUUUCAAAACUUCUCAUGUCCAACAAAGGAGGAUGCAGUCAUCGAUAUCCAGGCAUUGGUGAUAUUGCCUACGUUAAAGAGCUCAUGACUGGAAAGAUAGCGACAAGAAAAUUCAAAUGUUCGCGAUUUGGGGCUGAUAUUUCAACAGGACUUGGAUGGGAUAAAAUGAACAAAUGUUUUAAAAAAGCCUGCCCAAAAGGAUUUGCCUAUCUUUUUAACUUUCAUAUCGACAGAUCAGGUUCAUACAGUUACAGUGUUGUGUCGGAACGUUCCGGGAUUCAAGACAAUCAAACAUCAUUUAUUGGUUGUGAUCACGGAAAGUGUUGUGCUUGUUUUGGUCCUGACAGUAAAAAGGAUUACUGUGCUCCAAGAUGUCAAGCAAUCAAUGGUGGAACGGUUUUGAAGGAAGAGGACAAUAUCACAGUUUGGUUUUGGAUUCGUUCAUCUUUACCAAAACGUGUUUGGAAAAAAUGCAUGGAGUUUAAAGAAACGAAUGAUGCUGGAAAACUGGAAAUAUGGCAUGUGGAAGAUGGAGUAAGAAAAAAGGGUCUGUGUUCUCAUCUUGAAGAUGUUACUAUUAAUGAUGGGGUUGCAGUGGUCAAAGAUUCUCGAUCAAUGAAUAAACUGCCAAAGAUUGAAGGCCUCCUCUCAUACCGAUCUGAUGACAGCAAGUUGUAUCUCAAGGAAAAAACUAAAUGGGGCGCUUUGGCGACUCGGAAAGAUAUUAAAGAUGUUAUUGGUAGACUUGAAAGUUUCAAACAGGUGAUUAACAACAAAGUUACAAACGUGACGAAAGAUGUAAAAGUGCUGACUCAUGGAUCAUGCAAACAAAUAUUGAGUCAAAGCAUCGUCUACUGUCAAAUGUCGUCAGUCUCAGGCUGUUCUGGUGGAGGAUGGACGAUGGUGAUGAAAAUUGAUGGGAGCCAGAGCACUUUCAGAUACAGCUCCGGUUAUUGGUCGAACAAGAACACUUUCAAUGACAAUGACUAUGGAAGAAACGGAGGUUUUGACAACAGACAAUAUAAAGGAUCAACAUAUUGGAAAACUUCAUUCAAUGAAAUUUGUGUCGCGAUGAAAUAUGGUGGUCAACUCAGAGCCUUCUCUUUCUGGUACCCGGCAAGGUCCUUGUAUCAUCUGAUCGCAGAUGGUAAUUAUCGUCAAACUCACAUUAGUCGCUCACAAUGGAAGCAGCUCAUUGUUGCGUCAUCUUUACAGCACCAUUGCAAUAAGCAAGGAUUUAAUGUGUAUUUUGACCCAAGUUAUGUAAGAGUUCGGUUGGGCUUAGCCGCAAAUAACCAAAAUGAGUGUAAUUCCCCCGACUCUUUCAUCGGCCUUGGAGGUGAUGGUGUUUUUCCAUAUUGUGGUUUCAACCAAGCUCCUCUUAACACUGCUGGUAACGUUGGUAAAUGUGGAGCAGACAACGGAGAUAAGAACGCUAGAGCAAUGGGAUACAUUCUCGUCCGUUGAUCAAAACUUUUUCCAUUUGAUUUUUACUUAGAAGCUUAUAGUAUAAGGAACGAGUAUUCAUAUUAUGAUUAGUAUACAGCAAUGUUGUUUUUCCUGGUACAGUUGGACUUGAUUAUUGGUUUGAAAAAAAAACAUUAUGUAGUAGCAUGUAUGCAUGUAAAAAUAAACUUUUACA